UGGGAUUAUGUCCAAACACACGUAUUGGCCUCUUUCUAAUUUUUUAUACAAUAUAAAGUUCAGAUAAGAUAUAAGCAAAGUCAAAAUUAUGCACCCUGUUUUAAUACAUUGGACAGCCAUAGAUAGUUGAACACCAGGUGUAACCUCAUUUUCUUCUUUUUUUCUACUAUUAAGCCAAAUCCCAAGACCUGGUAAACCAUAUCCCAAACCUUCUCUUAACUUUCUCCAUUUGGGUUUCACUGUUUCUUCCUUGUUGAAUUUUUCUUCUUUUUUUCCUAAGCAUUUCAAGUCGAAUUGUUCACUUUUUCAGCUUUCUAUGGUUUCUAUUUUACGGUGCCAAGCUUUCGCUUACUGAAUUUGAGAUCCACGGAUUUGUAUGUAUUUUUCUGUUGUAGCAUAGGUGAUGGAUUUAUUAGUUGGUAAUCAAUAAUUGUGUUGACUUUUUUUUUUCUUUCCUUCUUUCAAUAACUCAGGUUCUUAAACUUGCUUCUUCAAUUUUGUUUCAUAAUUGUUGUAAUCAUUAGUGUUAUUUUUAUGGAUUUUUUUUUAAGUAUGGAGGUAAGUAAUAAGUUCUUCUCUUUUGGUAUCAAUUUUUUGCUCAUUUUGUAAGGUAUGGUUCAAGUUUUGAUUUUGAUAUAAAAUUUUUACCUCAAAGUCUAGAGGAGAAUAUAGGGAUGUUGGUUUGAUUAGGAGGAUCAGAACUUUAUGUGUUGGAUUGGCCUAUCUAUUGGUGUUGGAUAUUGAUGUUAAAAUUAGUAAUAGUAUUUUGAGGAAGAAAUUCAAUUGUAAGAGUAGAUGGGCAAUACUUGUGUAGGACCAAGCAUUUCCAAAAAUGGAUUUUUCCAAUCGGUUUCUGCUGCAAUGUGGCGGUCCCGAUCACCUGAUGACUCAGUUUCUCAUACUAAUGGUGAAACUGCGAGUGAGAUAGCAUCUAAAGAACCUGAAUCGCCGCUACCAGUCCAAAACAAUCCUCCAGAACAUAUGACAAUGCCGAAACCAGAGAACAAACAAGAGACUAAACCAGAGCCUAAACCAGAAACAAAACCUGAGGAACCAACAAAACCCAAGUCCCCUCGUAUGAUGAGGGUGUCGAGUGCAGGGCUUAGGACUGAUUCAGUGUUACAAACAAGGACUGGUAAUUUCAAGGAAUAUUAUAGCCUGGGGAGGAAACUGGGACAAGGGCAAUUCGGGACGACUGUCCUUUGUGUGGAGAAGUCAACUGGAAAAGAGUAUGCUUGCAAAUCGAUUGCAAAGAGAAAGUUGUUAACUGAUGAGGAGGUAGAGGAUGUAAGAAGAGAAAUUCAAAUAAUGCACCACUUGGCAGGGCAUCCAAAUGUUAUAUCAAUAAAAGGGGCUUACGAGGAUGCAAUGGCAGUUCAUGUUGUUAUGGAAUUAUGUGCUGGUGGAGAGCUUUUUGAUAGAAUUAUUCAGCGUGGACAUUAUUCAGAAAGAAAGGCAGCUGCACUUACGAGGACUAUAGUCGGGGUUGUGGAAGCCUGCCAUUCUUUGGGGGUUAUGCAUAGAGACCUUAAACCUGAGAAUUUUCUUUUUGUCAAUCAGCAGGAGGAUUCACUUCUCAAGACAAUCGAUUUUGGAUUAUCAAUAUUCUUUAAGCCAGGUGAAACAUUUAGAGAUGUGGUUGGGAGCCCAUACUAUGUUGCUCCAGAAGUCUUACGAAAGCGUUAUGGUCCAGAAGCAGAUGUCUGGAGUGCAGGAGUAAUUCUUUACAUUCUCUUAAGUGGAGUUCCUCCCUUUUGGGCUGAAACCGAGCAAGAUAUAUUUGAACAGGUCUUGCAUGGUGACCUUGAUUUUGAGUCAGAUCCUUGGCCUAGCAUCUCUGAAGGUGCAAAAGAUUUGGUGAGAAGAAUGCUCCUUCGAGACCCCAGGAGACGGUUAACUGCACAUGCCGUGUUGUGCCACCCUUGGAUACAGAUAAAUGGUGUUGCUCCUGACAAGCCUCUUGAUUCUGCUGUUUUAAGUCGUUUGAAGCAAUUUUCUGCAAUGAAUAAGCUCAAGAAAAUGGCCCUUAGAGUAAUUGCAGAGAGCCUGUCUGAAGAAGAAAUAGCUGGCCUCAAGGAAAUGUUCAAGAUGAUAGACACUGACAACAGUGGUCAGAUCACCUUCGAAGAACUUAAAGCAGGAUUGAAAAGAGUUGGAGCUAACCUUAAGGAGUCUGAAAUUUAUGAUCUUAUGCAAGCGGUAAGUAUGGGACUGAAUUUGGAUAUAGCAUGCCUUAAACUACAGGCUGAUGUUGAUAAUAGCGGCACAAUUGAUUAUGGGGAAUUUGUAGCUGCUACACUGCACCUAAACAAAAUUGAGAGAGAAGAUUAUUUAUUUGCUGCCUUUUCCUACUUUGAUAAGGAUGGUAGUGGUUAUAUUACUUUAGAUGAGCUCCAAGAAGCUUGCAAGGAGUUUGGCAUAGAGGAUAUUCGCCUUGAAGAAUUGAUCCGAGAAGUUGAUCAGGAUAACGAUGGAACCAUAGAUUACAAUGAGUUUGUGGCCAUGAUGCAGAAAGGAAAUGUUGCCGGUAAUGGUAAGAAAGGCCUAGAAAAUAGUUUCAGCAUCCGAUUUAGAGAAGCAUUAAAACUUUGAGUACAGGCAACCAUUCAAGUUCUUGUUCUUUCUUUCCUUUUAAGUUUUGAGGGAACUGAAAUUUGUAUAGUAACAAGUAGCAUACUCAUUGUAAGGAGCAUCGCGAAGCAUGUUAU